UAAGUCAAACCAAGAAAUCAUUUCUUCAUCGGCUAAUUCAAGCAACCAACUGAGAUACUUCCAAUUUACUAUAGUUAAAAUAUCGUAAUACAAUCGCUAAUAUGGUUAUUUUAAAGUUUUCUUGCUUUCUUUUAUUUUCAUUUCCAUUGAUACUUAUUCUCAGACGUCUGUCAACAUGACUUUAAAACUUUAAAAAGAUUCAGAUUACGUUUUUGACGUCAUCGCUUCAUCUUCAACAUUAAUGGGGCAAAAAAACACAUUAGCAGAUCGUCCUUCGCGAAUUUUGCCAUCACCAUAUUUUAGUCCAAAUGUUGUAGUAUUGUUGACUUCGUCUCUUUUUUUACGAUAUUUCUUCAGAGAAAAAUCGAAUUAAGCCAUGCCGAUUCUCAAACGACCAUGAAAAGUCACAUUCUCGGGGUUUUGUCAGAUGACGUCAUUCUAUCAUAGUAAAACAGAACGUGCGUUCGUAAUGCUGGUUGAAGGUUUUAGGAUUUGACAUGCUUCUCGUCCUGUCUCCUUCGAACCGUUUCCUUCGUUUUCUAGACUUCCAGACCGCGUCAAGUGACUUAGGAAAUAAUAAAAGGCUAGCAUGUAAUCAUACGUUUCGCGUAUCAUCGACUGUAAGUGCUACCCUAGUCAUCUGUACAAUGCUUAUGUCAAUCUAUCUGAAAUCUCCUCUCGUCUCGUUCGAAUAAGUGUGUUCGCGGGGAUCUUUGAUAUACUUUUCUAAAACUAGUGAUUCAAGUUAAAAUCUCGUGCUUCGAAUAUUUAAAGCAAUUAGCAGCCGAAAAGGAUUAUUACUUGAUUAUGGAUCAACUCUCUACUCAAAAUAACAAUUACAACUUUUGUCCUCUAAAAAAUUUACAAAGUCACCUUGCGUAGUGUGAUAUUUGUUAUGAGCGCAUGUCUGAUCUUUCCGGCUCUGAGGUUAGCUGCGUUUUCUUUUCAGAUAAAACGGUCUUCAGAAAGUUAUGCAAGAUUUAUUCACUUCUUGCUUUUAGAUUGUUUGUGUUGGUCGAAUCAGCCUUUCAUAUUCGCGAUUUGCAUGCUUAUUAGUCACACAUUAGCAGUUCGGGACAGGCUUCGCUGGCUCAUACUGGGAUACGCUCUCAAGCAGCAAAAAACAAUUUGCACCUCGUCGCGGUCUUAUAAUUCUAACGACCUCGUAACCAGAGGGAAGUUUAAUCCCACUCCAAGUGAUUAAUGUUUAAACAGUUCACGAAAUUCUGCAAACACCAACGAGAAGCCAUUAGUUCGCGUAAGACAAAGAACACCUUAAAAGCCUUUCAAUAUGAUUGUUUAAUUACCAUCACAAUGCGCGGCCGGCCCUAGGUUAUAAGGGUUUGUUGGUAUGUCGAUUUGCUGAAUUAAUCUCAAGAGGAAUAAGAGUUUGCGUAGUCGACAACCUGAAAGUCCAGAUAAGUAUCAAGCGAGCAACUUUAUAGGCAGACAAUGAAUAAGUCGCCCAAAAAGCUGAUUAACCAAAGCAAAGAGAUCAUCUUAAGACAAGCGAUCGAAGACAACGACCUAGCGCAAGUUAAAUUCGUGCUACGCUUCCACAUUGGGAGAAUCAAUGACCAAGACGAGAAUCGAAUGACCGCAUUGCAUCACAGCUGCUUGUACGGUAGGAUAGAAAUAGUCAGGUUGCUACUCGAGCACGGAGCAGACCUGGAGGUAAGGGACUCUAAAGGUUGGACCGCGCUGCAUUUCGCCGCAAAUGGUGGCUUCCUUGAUGUCACUAGUCUGCUGUUGUCGUCGUGCGCGGACGCCGCGGCGUUAUCAUACGACGGGCAGCUUUCCAUCGACGUCGCCACAGGCGAAGGAAUGGUAUUCCUGUUGGCUUCUGCGAUCAUUAGAGCAGGUAAGGAAGAAAUACUGCUCAGGUACUUUGGCGGCUCUACCACAAGUCUACGCUCCAUAGAGGAGGAGAGUGCGAGCUGUGUGUCAUUGAAUGACACUGUUUCGCAGGAGAUUUUACGAGCUAGUCAGCAAUUCCUGGCGCAUGACCCUAAGACUCUUAGAUCAUCAACGAGCGAGUGCGCACUUGGUUUCAAGACCAAGACUCUGUACGCGAGCACAAAUAAACAGCUCCGAAAGAGUUACGAGCCCAUGAUGGAAAACGCGCAAAGCGAUAAACGAACUAGCAAGGAGCUUCGAAGCUUUGAUUCGGCAUUUGCGCCGGGUGUACUGAGAAGGCUAGCGGUGAGCGAGACAAACCUGAACAGGUCUAGCACCCAGGGUGAUCCUAAUAAUAACAAUGUCUGCGGAUCACCCAUCAACAGGGCUACGAACUAUUACGAUCUUAAGACUGCUGUUGAACCAGAGCCAGACUGGGAUGAAAUCGUGAUGUAAAAAAUGGGAUAAACUGAAUGUGAUGGCUUUGUUUUCCCCCGAUACAACUAUGAUCUAAUAAAACCACUAAAAUGUCCAAGGCGGUAUAAAUCCUGGUUAGAUAUAUUCAAAGCCGUAGCUCAGUUUUGAUAAAUUCGAGGAGCAUUGACAUCGGAUCGGUGAAUUGUGAAUAAAAAUGUCUUCCAAAUGGUAGCAACACGCGAGCCAGGAGAACUCGGUCUUUAUCAGAUGGACGUGUUUGUUAUGAACUCUGAGCCAUAAUACACAUACAAAGGAUUAUUUUUUUUAACAAAAGAACACCCAAGUUCUUGGCACAAUAAAGACAUAAUCCUGAGACAAGGAUAAUAGCGCGAAAGUCGUCGUUGAGGUUUUUAAAGAAUGCAAGUGCGGAAGGCAGAGUUUUUUUUAAAGCGGAACUAAGGUACAUCUAAUGGAAUUUCGACUGGACGGCUGCGAGUUGAAUUAAUAACACGAGACCAAUCAAACAAGUUUACGUCUUGUUACACAGCGCGAAUUAGCGCAAUCCCAACAAAAUCUUUGCUCUAGGCCACGAAGCAUUAGCGUGUCAGACAGAAUUAGUCCGGUUGAGAGCAAGGCAGCAAAAGAUUCACUCGUAACAGUGAUAUUAAAUAGAAACCGUGCGACGAGUCUAGUUAAACACUUGAAUAUGAAAUAACUAUACCCUAGCAAACUGACAAACGGGUGCUAUAAACUGUCAAGCGACUAUCUGUUCUAUCCCCAUUUGUCAUCCCUUUAGGAAAAGAAGCUUUAGAAAGAUAUGCGCAUAUGAUAUUCUGAUAACACAGACAAAUACAAUAUGGAAAAAUGGAUGAAAUUUAACUUUCUAGAAAAAACGAAAUAAAAAUAGCAUUGAAUAAAAAUACAACUAUAUUUUGGGGAUAAUCUUAUCGAUAGAUUUCAUAUUUUCCUAUAAAUGUUUAAUGGCAAUUGGCGUUUGCUGGAUUUCCAGCAGUCGGGAAAUUACUAGAAAUAAUUGAAACGUUAGUGAAUAUUUGAACGCCAGCCAAACCUAAACGGCCAUUUGUUAUGACUUGGAGGUCACUUCUGGGCAUGCUAUCACUAAACAGUCUAUGAAGCGGGGAGCAAUUGAAGUAAUUGUUACUAACCGAGCAUAUUAAAACACUUGCUACUUUGGUAGUAAAUAAAAGCAAUGGAACGUCUUA